UUCCGGCUCCCGCGGCUGCAGGCGCGCGGCUCGAGUGCCUUGCUGGCUCCGGCUUCCGCGUCUUUCCCGGCCCCGGCUUCGGCUUCGUCCUCAGUCAGGCGCCCGCGGGCAGCCAAGCCUCCAGCGACACCCGCACAGCACCAGGUGCCGGGACAGGGGGCCAUGCCCUGCCGGAGGGAGGAGGAAGAGGAAGCCGGCGAGGAGGCGGAGGGGGAGGAAGAGGAGGAGGACAGCUUCCUCCUGCUGGAGCAUUCGGUGACGCUGGGCAGCUCGGGCGAGGUGGACCGGCUGGUGGCCCAGAUCGGCGAGACUCUGCAGCUGGACGCGGCGCAGGACAGCCCAGCCUCGCCGUGCGCGCCCCCGGGGGCGCCGCUGCGGGCCCCUGGGCCCCCGGCUGCCGCGGUGCCGGCGGACAAGGCGCGACCCCUGGCGGUUCCGCUGCUGCUGCCGCCUCCGUCUGCGGAGACGGUGGGCCCGGCGCCCCAUGGGGCCCUGCGCUGUGCCCUGGGCGACCGCGGCCGCGUGCGGGGCCGCGCUGCGCCUUACUGCGUGGCCGAGCUCGCCGCAGGCCCCAGCGCGCUGCCGGGGCCGUGCCGGCGAGGAUGGCUCAGGGACGCGGUCACCUCCCGGCGCCUGCAGCAGCGACGAUGGACCCAAGCCGGGGCACGCGCCGGCGACGACGACCCGCACCGGCUCCUGCAGCAGCUCGUGCUCUCGGGAAACCUCAUCAAGGAAGCGGUGCGGAGGCUCCAACGAGCCGUCGCCGCGGUUGCAGCCACGGGUCCUGCGAGCGCCGCUGGGCCCGGGACAGGCCGCAGCGGACCGGACCCUAUUGCCCUGCAGCCAUCAGGCGCCUUCCUCUGACCCAGGCACCCUGGAGGAGGAAGAAAGGCUGCUGCUUACACCCAGCAACAUCUAGUUUCUACCAACUCUGAGCUGAAGCUGACGUCGCCAACCUGGGAGCGACCACUUUGGCUGGGGUUGGCGCGUGGGGAAGAGAUCUCAAGCCAAGAAGUUACCAGCUCCGGCAAGGCUAUUGGAUAAAACUUAAACGUGGAGAAAUGCAUGCGCCAGAGCGCGUCCUUGGGACAUGAGAAUUUACCUGGCUAUCCUAGCCAAGGACCUGGGAUAAACUAGGAGAACUGUGGCAGCUACUUACAUCGACUUGUACCUCACUUAGCCCUUGGGGGCGUCGUGAGCUUGGAUUGUUUAAGGAGGGCUCAGUGGGGCUGGAACCGCGAUGGCUUUAUAACAGUACUUGAAAACUUUACGACACGCAUACAGUUUCUUGUUAUUUUCCGGUGGAGGAACUUAGUGAAAGUGGUGCUACAAUUGCUGUGCAAAGAAAUUCUAGAGGGGGAGAAGAAUGUAAAAGUUCGGUGGUGGGUGGGUUGGCAUUGCCCCUUUCUCCCACCGAUUCGGUGGCUGGUGAAGGUGAGAGAUGUGAACUCUAGUUAAGGGACUGGAGGGAGGUGAAGAAUUUUGCAGGUGGGAGAGUUGGAUUUGAAUGUGGACUAGUAAAUGACUUGACCUUGCCACCUGUGGUUCAAGGUCACAGUUUGCUGUGGGGUUCCUGGGAGAGCUUCCGAACCCGGAAUCUUGUCUUUCUCUUGCUCCAAGAAGAGCCCCGUUGGUGCUUUACUACCUACCGCUGGGAGUCUCCCGAGGACACAAAUAGGCAGAGAGGGACGCGGAGGGAGAGUUCUUUCCUGUUUGCUUUCCUCUUUACGGAACUCCCGGAAGGCCACUCAUGGCCAUGCCAGGAGCUUUCUCAGACACAGUCAUAAACAAUCUCUUGAGUCUCUCUCUUGUCCUCCCAGCUGAGCUUUCUUAUUCCACCCUUCCUGGUGUCUAUAGGAAUGCAUGGAAAACCCUGGACGUUUUUCUGCUCUCUCCUGGCCCUCCAUGGAGCCACGGGCCUCGGCCUCGGUGGGACCUCACCCGCUCAAUUGGUUUCCUCCUGCCGUGCCAGCUCUUCUUUUGUGACUGAAACCGGUUUUCAAAUGUGACUCUUGUAGAGGAGAAGCCGCUGGCUUUACCCUUAAACUUGACGGCCCUCUUGUAAGGUGCCACCCCCAAACUUUAAGGUCGCUAAACCAGUUUUCUAAAGAUUCAAUGGCUUCUUCAUCCUCCAGAUGUAGCUAUUGAUGUACACUUCGCAACGGAGUGUCUGAAGUUGUGGCGGUCCUGAUUUCUAGGAUUUCGUAAUUAAAAUGUCUGCUGAAUAAAUUUGGCUUUUGUUUUGGA